UAAUAUUAAUGCCAUCUCUUUAAAAUAUAAUUCAAAUAUAAAGCAGGGUCACAACUCACAAAUAUAUAACUCGGUCAAUAGCAAACAUACAUCAGAAAAACAUGCACUUUAAUUACUUUGUUUCUACACAAUAGUGAAAGAAAUAGACAUUGAAUGAUAAUAGGGGUUAUCCUGUGUGAUUAUAGUGGAGGGGAAGUUAUCAUGAUUCACAGCAUCAGGAAAGCCCUGUGUCUCCAAGCACACACCCGCAUAAGCCUGGUAAAGUGCUCCCUCUUUUCCUUUCCUGUCCUUCAAGCUGUUAGCUGUGAAGAGCUGAACUCCUGGCGCAGUUGCGUCCAGCUUCAUCUUUAUCCCCGACUUUUCAUCGUACAAAAUCGCCACUUUCUUCAUCCUAUGUUUCUCACUUUCCUUGUACCCAUCCACUGCAUAGUUGAUAUCGAAACCGCGCACCGACCCGGCUUUCCUUGGCUCGAGCAGCUUUUCGAGCCGUGUCCCGAUCUUAACGGGUUUCAAAAAAUCGUAGGGUGUGUUGCGGAUCGUUGAGAAGGUACCGUCCGGAACUAGGUCUUCGUCCACAUUGGUGAUCUUAGAAGCAAAUAGUUGAAGCUGUUGAGAUGAAAUAUUGCCACUCUUAUGCCCUCCUAGGUUCCAGUAUACGUGUGUGGCCAUAUUCACUGGAGUGUCUUUGUUCAGAGUUUUGGCAGUCAUGUUUAUACUCAACUGGUAGGGAAGUCUAAACCCUAGUGAGAGCUCCGACAAUUUCGAUCGUUGAUGGUCGUUGCAGCAGCAUGGGCCUCCCCGGCGGGGGGGUCGGGGACGGCAGUCCGUUCUUUUGCGGAGGUUCUGGCAGAGAACAAAGAGGUCCCGAUCAAGGUGCCCUUUCGUCACAAGGGCAUGCCGGCAGUACGUUUCUCGGAGGAAGAAGUUUCAGCUUCGGCGGAGCAACAUAAAUUCGCGUUGGUGGGGUCUUUUGUUAGAGGUAGGCCAGCUAUGGCAACUCUACGUCAAGAAUUCGAAAAAAUUGGCUUCGCUGACUCUUUAUCGUUAGGGUUACUUGAUCAAAGGCACAUUUUGCUCAAGUUUGGUUUGGAGGAGGAUUUCCAACGAUGUUGGCUCAAGCAAACAUGGAUUAUACGUGGCUUCAGAAUGAGAAUUUCUAGGUGGACUCCGGACUUCCGGCCAGAUGUGGAGUCCCCUAUCAUCCUAGUUUGGGUAACUUUUGAUGGAUUACCAUUGCACCUUCAUGUUAAGAG